GUAGUACCGCACAGCACAGGUUCCUGCCCCGGCACAACCAUGAAUUCCCCAGCGCUGCAGGACUGUGUGCGGGACUGGGGGGAGCUUCAAGAGAACUAUCAGGAUAUACAGGAAACACAUCGAUUAUACAAGCAAAAGUUGGAGGAACUAGCAAAGCUACAGACACGCUGCUCCGGUACCAUUGCCCGUCAGAAAAAGAAGCUUAAAGAAUUAUCAGUGGAAUUAAAGAAAUAUAAAUCCUCUGUAAAAAAUGUGGAAGAGGAAGAAGAACAAAUCAGCGUCUUGAAUAAUCAGAUUAGGAUACGGGAGAAAACAUUUUUUGAGAUGGAAUCUUUUCUACCUAAGAAGAACGGACUAUACCUGAGCCUAGUACUGGGAAACGUGAAUGUGACUCUCCUAAGCAAACAGUCAAAGUUUGCAUACAAGGAUGAGUAUGAGAAGUUCAAGCUGUACCUCACCAUGAUCCUUAUGGUGCUCUCCUUCAUAUGCCGUUUUGUCCUAAACUCCCGGGUUACAGAUGCAGUGUUUAACUUCCUACUAGUGUGGUAUUACUGCACGCUGACUAUCCGUGAAAGUAUUCUAAUCAACAAUGGUUCAAGAAUUAAAGGCUGGUGGGUUCUAAACCAUUAUAUUUCAACAUUUCUGUCUGGAGUCAUGCUGACAUGGCCUGAUGGGUUAAUGUACCAGAUGUUCAGGAAUCAAUUUUUGUCUUUUUCCAUGUACCAAAGUUUUGUCCAGUUCCUGCAAUAUUACUAUCAGAGUGGCUGCCUCUAUCGGCUUCGAGCUCUAGGGGAGAGGCAUAACAUGGACCUGACAGUUGAGGGGUUUCAGUCCUGGAUGUGGAGGGGCCUGACCUUCCUCCUGCCAUUUCUCUUCUUUGGUCAGUUUUGGCAACUUUAUAAUGCCAUCACCCUAUUCAAACUGGCUAGACACCCAGAGUGCAAGGAAUGGCAGGUGAUAAUGUGCGGUCUCCCAUUCCUUGUUCACUUCUUGGGGAAUUUUUUCACAACACUCCGAGUCGUCCACCAGAAAUUUCAAAAGCAAAAUUAGUAAGAAAAGUGUAAAUGAAGCAACAAGUAGAGUCUACUGCUCCUGAGUGAGAACACAUCUGCAUUAAACACUGCCACAAAUGCUGAUCUUCAGAAUUAGGCUUUACUGUAUUGCCUGGAACUACAAAUCAUAAUCACAGUUUCUGAGGUGAUGGCUGGAGAAUGCACAAGCAAUGUCCCCUCCAUCUGCAAUGCUUUUGAAAAUUAUGCUACAAGUCUACUUUUGUCACAAAACUAGUUCUGCAAUAAACCUUUUCUUUAAUCA